AAAGAGGCGUUAGCCAAAGAAACAAACCCAGUUCUACCCUCUUUUUCAGACUUUGCUUCUGAUCCACAUAUGCACUAUGUUGAGGAAACGGGUAAAUGGACGUAUACAAGCGAUGAUGGAAAUACCUGGGAAUAUAAUGAAGAACAACAACAAUGGUGCCAAAUGGACGAAGAAGUUUUGUUGAAACUUCAACAACUCGCAUAUUCAGUUCCCGGUGUCGACGAAAGCGAACCUGCUAAUCCGAUGACAGAUCAAAGUGGUAAAAAACAAAAAUCGAAUAAUUCACAAAAGAAAAAACCAGCAAAUACAUCAGUUUAUGUCAGCGGACUACCACCUGACGUUACUGUCGAAGAAUUAGCUGAAGUUUUCUCAAAGUACGGUGUUUUAUUAGAAGAUUUACAAUCCGGUGGUCCAAAAAUUAAACUUUACAAAGAUGAUCAAGAUCGUCUAAAAGGUGACGCUCUCGUUACUUAUUUUAAAGAGGAAUCAGUUCUUCUUGCUUGUCAACUUUUGGACGAAACAGAUCUUCGCCCAAAUGAAGCUUCUAAAAUACGUGUACAAAAG